CCUAUUGUUUCCUUCAAUUUUUUUAAAUUUCAAGAUUAUAUGUCAUUGUUUGUAGAUGGCGCUAAUAACUUGAGCGAAAAUGGGAUUAUUUCUGCAAGUUUGAAAUUUAUUAAGGAAAAUGGAAUUUAAGUUUAAUUUUAGAAAACCUGAAGGAGAAAUUAAUGAAUGGCUGUCUAGUGGAAACGACGAAGUUAACAAUCAUCCAGAACGAUUACAGAAAGAAGAAAAUAUAAGAAAGUUUGUUGAAGUUAUUCCGGAUAAUUCAUUAAAGAUUGAAGGUGAUAAAUAUAAAAUAAAUAAUUUGAAAAUUGGAGACUGUUUUUUAUCUUACAUUAGUAGUGAAGAUAUCCAGUCAGAUACACUGGAUACUAUUCAGUUAGCCAGUAAAAAUCACUCUGAUUUAAUUCCCGGAAUUUAUGAAGGUAAACUUUUAUAUUAUUAAUUAGACUCUUAAUUU